UCCCGGGCGAGGGAUGGACGCGGUUCGCAGUGGAGAGGGCGGCUGUAGCGGCAGCAUGAAGCGGACCCCGACGGCCGAGGAUCUAGAGCGCGAAGCUAAGAAACGGAGACUUCUUGAAGAGCUUGAAGACACUUGGCUUCCUUAUCUGACCCCCAAAGAUGAUGAAUUUUAUCAGCAGUGGCAGCUGAAAUACCCUAAACUAGUUCUCCGAGAGGCCGACAGUGUACCAGACGAGCUCCAUAAAGAGGUCCAAGAAGCCUUUCUUAUACUGCAAAAGCACGGCUGCCUAUUUCGGGACCUGGUGAGGGUCCAAGGCAAAGAUGUGCUCACUCCUGUCUCCCGCAUCCUCAUCGGUAACCCGGGCUGCACCUACAAGUACCUGGACACCCGGCUCUUUACUUUACCUUGGCCAGUGAGAGGGUCCAGCACAAAAUACAACGUGGCUGAAAUAGCCGAAGCCUGUCAGACCUUCCUGAAGCUCAACGAAUAUUUGCGGAUCAAGACCUUCCAGGCUCUGGAAGAGCUGGCUGCCAGAGAUAAAAAUGAUAUCGAUUCGGUGCCAGUGUGCAUAGGUCCAGACUUCCCCCGGGUUGGCUUGGGGUAUGAUGGGCCCGACGAAACGGACUUGAGGAACCGGUCCGCGUUCAACGUGACACUGUUGAACUUCAUGGAUCCUCAGAAAAUGUCGUAUCUGAAGGAGGAGCCUUACUUUGGCAUGGGGAAGAUGGCAGUGAGUUGGCAUCAUGACGAAAACCUGGUGGACAGGUCAGCGGUGGCAGUGUACAAUUAUAGCUGCGAAGAUCCUGAGGAGGAAGAAAGCGAGGAAGAUCCUCAGUGUGAAGGCAGAGACCCCGACACAUGGCAUGUUGCUUUUAAAAUCUCCUGGGACAUCGAGACGCCUGGCUUGGCAAUACCCCUCCGCCAAGGAGACUGCUAUUUUAUGCUUGAUGAUCUCAAUGCUACCCACCAACACUGUGUCUUGGCUGGCUUACCACCUCGGUUUAGUUCCACCCACCGAGUGGCAGAGUGCUCCACGGGAACCUUGGAUUACAUCUUACAGCGCUGCCAGUUAGCGCUGCAGAAUAUCCGCGAGGAGGCAGACAAUGGUGAUAUCUCUCUGAAAUCCUUGGAGCCUGCAGUAUUGAGACAAGGAGAAGACAUCCACAAUGAGGUUGAGUUUGAGUGGCUGAGGCAGUUUUGGUUUCAAGGCAAUCGAUACCGGAAGUGUACGGAUUGGUGGUGUCAACCCAUAGCUCAACUGGAGGAAAUGUGGAAGAAGAUGGAAGGUGUGACAAAUGCCAUACUUCGUGAAGUUAGCAGAGAGGGGCUCCCCGUGGAACAAAGAAAUGAAAUCUUGACUGCCAUCUUCGCCUUGCUUACCGCACGCCAGAACCUGAGGAGGGAAUGGCAUGCCAGGUGCCAGUCCAGAAUUGCUCGAACUCUCCCCGCGGACCAGAAGCCAGAAUGCCGGCCCUAUUGGGAGAAGGAUGAUCCUUCUAUGCCUCUGCCCUUCGACCUCACAGACACGAUUUCAGAACUCAAAGACCUGCUUCUGGAAGGAAAGUCCUAGAAGAAACACAGAGUCUUGGGUGGGAGGUGGAGAAAAGAAAUGUGGGAUUUCCCUCCUCCGGCCAUGGCUUGGGCAAGGGCGCUAUGGAUAGACUUAGACUGUAGAUUGUAGCACCGGGUUCCAGCUGGAACCUACUAGGAAAUAGGGCUCAUGAAUACCAAAAAAAAAAGUUUGAAAAUGGUGCAAUAUUCGAAUCUGAUCUGGUCUGAAGCAACAAGCUCCCCUUACCUCAAAAUUCUUCCUCACUGGGAUCUUCUGAUGUGAACAAUUUGGUCCCCAAGGGCCAAGGCAACAAGAGUGCUGGGUCUUUGGCAUUUCUACCUAACUUUUCUCCUUCCCAAGCCUUGCUAUGACUCCCUAGAGGGUGGCUGAGCUUAGAAAUGGUCACCCUCCAUUUCUCCUCACCAUCCCCGUAGAGGCUGUCUUGUCCAGUAUGGCAGCCGCUAGCUAGAUGUGGCUCUUUCCCGUUAAACUCCCAUGCAGUUGUGAUUGAAAAUCCAGCUCCUCAUUUGCGCUAGCCAAGUCGCAGGUGCUUAUUAUCCCCCACGUGGCUCGCUCCCGUCUUGGUCAGCUCAGAUAGGGAACAUUUCAUCUCUGCAGAAAGUCACGUCAGAUCACACUUCCCGUGGAAUGUUUAUAAGUAGGAGAUUCUCCGUAACUGCUACACACACACACCCCACCCGCACACACACAGGAGAAAGAAAAUUUCCAAAGAAAUGACGCUCAGGAGAGAAGACUCAUUUGUUGUCCCUUUCAGUUCCUCCACGUGUAUCCAACAGCAAGUGGAACUGAGGCUUGAAGAGCCUCUGGGCCACAUCUUGUUGACACCAGGUCCAUGGAGAGAUGCUCUGGAGGAGUGAAGCCCUGGGCUCAGGCCUUAGGUGCCUGGACCGAAAUUUCCAGCAGCUUUGUGGCUUCCAGUAGGCCACUGGGCUUCACUUUUCUCAUCCGUUGCAUGAGGGUGCAGAGGGCAGCCGCUUAGAAGGUGAAGUUACAUGAAAUAAUGUAGGUACAGGUCAGAACGGUACCCAACGCUCAAGAUUAGUAUCAUGUACCCAUACAUGGCGCCUUGGUACAUAUUUCCUCCCCUCCCCCUCCCCUGGUCAGGCCUUUCUGGUCUGGUGGUGCCAUCCCUGAGCCCUCUCAGGUCUGACCUGUGGUGUGAUGUGACUAGUCAGCCCCGUCCCCGCCCUGCCACCGCCUCCAAAAGCUGCAGUUCCCAGCAGUUUAGUAGCUAAGGAGCUUUUAGGACCUCAGAGAGGCACACUGAGAACUGAGAACCUCUCAAGAGGGUCUCUUGGGUUCAGAGGCCACUCUUUAUCCUCUUGGGACUCCAGCGCCAUUGAACAUGGAUGAAUUCUUGACAUCCUUGAGCUUCAGCUGCCUCCUGAAUUGAAAAUGAGGCCAUGAGAAUGAGAGACCCAACAGGUCAGGCGCGGGUGGCCCAAGAGAUGUCACACGUGGGUACUCUCAGGCCUUUUGGCUUGGGUUUUAUUUAACCCCUUGAUGUUCCUUCUUGGCUGCAUUUCAUCAGGUAUUAGUGUGAUCAAUUGGGGGGGGGGAGGGUUCGGGUACAACAAGAAAGUGUGUGUUCUGUUUAAAAUUUUUAAAAAAUUUUUACUUUUUUAAGGGCCAGAGCAAUAAUGCAACAGGUAGGGCAUUUGCCUUGCACGUUGCCCACCUGGGUUCAAUCCCCAGGACCCUAGAUGGUCCCCCGUAAGUCUUCCAGGAGUGAUCCCUGAAUGUAGAGCGAAGAGUAAGUCCUGAACACUGCCAGAUAGGACCUAAACCCCUCACCCCUCAAAAAAAAAAAAAUUGUUGAGAUUCAGUAGUUUACAAUGCUUUUUCAUGCAUAUAAUUCCAAACCUCACCCAUAGCCAACAUACCUGCUCCCGCUUCAGAACCCCAACACCCCUCCCUCCCAACCUCCGGGGCUCACUUGUGUGGAUGAGUUCUCCUAUGAUGUUGCCCGUGGUCCUCUGUUGCUCCCUCGCUGGUGCCUUUCCGUCCCACAGGUGAGAGAGCUCGCUCUGCAGCACCCCCUUUCCCCGGGCUGCGUUCACUCAGUUCGGAACAUCUGGCAGAGCCCAGCUUGCCACCAGCUGUGCGGCAUCUCCGCGCUCCUAUGUGAGCACAAGCCCUCACGCCUUCACACUCACACACACACACACACACACACACACACACACACGCGCGCGCGCGCUCGCACGCGCACACAUGCAAGCGAACACACACGCACACACACGCACACACACACGCACACAUGCACACACACAAAUACCCUGCUUGUUUUAAAGUAGACUAAAUCUUAAUGCCCAGUGUGUCGUUUACUCCUGGCCUGCUUAUGUCAGCAUGUCACGUGUGUAUUCCUCACUCACAAACAAUAAACUCACUCCAGGACGCACGGAGUCCCCACCAGGAUGUUGCUUUUUCCUUCUCAUACCCAGGCUGGGCCUGUGCCAUGGGCCCAAGUGGGGUUUGGGCCGAGGUAUGCCCCAAAUCCUCCCACCAGGGGAGCCUGGUAGGGACAACCUGGGUUGGACCCCCGCCUCCCGCCCACCCCAUGGCCUUAGUAGUGAAAACCUGGAAGAUGGGGUCCUGGUGUCUCUGGAGAAAGGGUAGCUUUUAAGGAGCAGGACAUGAUGUGUUUGAGGGUGACACAAUCUCCCGGGGGGGGGGGGGGCGGUUUUCUGGUGGGUGGAAGGAAGGGGAGUAAAAUGUGGGGGAGGGGUCCUGGUGACCACUCAGCUUAGAUUUGGUCGCUUCAGGGUGAGAGAGUUAUCUGAUAGAGGAAAGGUGUAACGGUGGUGGGAUUGAUGUUGGAACAUUGAAUGUAACAAAUCAUCAUGAACGACUUUGUAACCCACAGUGUUUACAUAAAGUACAAGGGGAAAAUAUAUGCAUGUAAAGUUUACCUAUUCCAUAUAAACUCCAAAAUACAUUACCACAGGGGGGUGGGGGAAAGAAAAUUUUAAAAAUUUAAAAUUUUUUAAAAAGACUUACCUGAAAAUGGAGACUCAGGCCCCCUAUUCCCAAGUCUGUGGUUGGGGGCCUUCUUCCAGGCUCCAGCUAGCUUUCAAAAAAGUGUUCAGACUAGGACUUCCUGCAUGCCCCCUCCCCCAGCACCUCACACAGGGCAGCAUUGAGGGGAGCCCUGACUCCCGGGACAGCUCUCCCCACCCCCAUCAGACAUUGGGGGGCCAACCCUGGGCCCCCAACCAAAAUUUACCUCAAGGAGAUAAGAAACUUGCCACAUACCAGCAAAGAAAAUUGAUCAGAGGUUUCCAGGAGGUGGUUCAGGCCCAAAAGAAAGCCCUGUGCUAAAGGGGGAGGGCCGAGAGGAGGAGCUCAGGGAGGGGGUGACAGGGAAGCGUUUCAGGGAAGGGAACAGCAGAGGUCCUGGUCCUGGAGGCAGGAAAGCGCUUCUACGGCAGGUUCAGAGUGGACAAGGGUCGUCACUGUGGCCAAAGCAGAGAAGCAGGAGAAAUGGGGGAGCUGGGAGCCGGACAGAUGGUAUUCUCUUUCCAGUGCUCCAGGAGUACCUGAAGGGGCCAUCUGGUGGGGAGAGUCUUGGACUUCAGCUGGUCAGUCUGGCCACUAGGCUCAUAUACAGAGGCACACCCCAAGGCACAUGCCGCCAGUCUGGGAUGGGUCCCCUAGCCCCGGGCCAGCAGCCGCUGUUCUGAGGGUACUCUGAACAGCACCCACAUGCCAAGGCCGUGUCCGCCCUCCUGGUUCCCGAAGUCGCCUGUCUGGAUCCUGUGACACAGAAAGCAGCAGAGUCGCGGCAUUGCUUGUGACACUGUUUUAGUCGUAAAAGCUGCUAAACCUGUCACUGACUAAACUCAGGGGCUGCCCAAAUGAGAUUCCACGGACCCACUCUAAUGAUACCCCACAUCCAGGAGAGGGUUUCAGUGUCUUCCGAAGGGAAGAUGUUUUCGAAUGCAACUUCCCCCCACCGCCUCGCCCCCCCGCCUUCCCUGCUCUAGUUAAGGCUGAUUUUACCACUGGGCGAAUUGCAUACAUUUGGAUCCGUGCCAUGCUAAAUACUGUUUAUUUUGGAGAUCUGUCAGAGGCAAGCGCAAGGGGAAGACAGGGGGGAUUCUUAUUUAAAAAGGCAAUUCUCAUCCAAACAGAUUGGGAAGGAGUGGAGCCGUGUGGAUUAAAAUGCGCUGAAGUGGUAAUGCCGUUUAUUCAGUUUGCCUUUGUUACUUUGUGAUUAAAUGGUAUUUUUAAUUAAGUUUCAUUGGGAGCCAUAGGUAUCGCAGUGGUGAAAUCAAUUUGACAACCAUAAAGGGGGAGGGAAGGCCCAGGAGUGCAGUCAUGAUUGCGGCUGCAGGGGAAGCUUCGUGGCUGAAAGAAGCGCGGCUGGGCCGGGGAGAGCAGAGGAGCCCAGCACUGCCCUCCUGCCGGGCCUCUGGCCGCACCCUGCCUGGGAGGCAGGUCUCGGGGUGGACAGGGAAGAUGCACACCUGCCCCUCACUCAACUCGGAGACUCUGAGAGUGCUGAGCCUGCUGGGGGCUGCAGGCAGUGGCUGAAGGGUCUGGGUCUCCUUUCUCACCAACACGGAGAAAGAGGGAGUGCCCAGGGCCCCCUGGAUCCUGGACAACACUGUCAUCGUCCUUCAUCCCGAUGCCUACCUUGUCUCAGCACCAGUCCAACUCCCUAUUCCCUGGGGACCCUCUGGAGGCAAGCCUGCAUUCCAAACAUCAUGCCCAAACAUACACUGGAAACCUAGUCCUCUGCACCCUCAUUCUAUCUGUCUCUCUACCCCCCACUUAGCCAUCCAGUCACCUGCUCACCCAAUCCAGCCAGCCAACCAGCCAUCCUUCUGUCCAUCUGUUCAUCCAUCCAUCCAUCCAUCCAUCCAACUUUUUGUUCAUCCAUUCAUCUACCCAUCCAUCCAUUGGUCCAUCCAUCCAUCCAUCCAUCUAUCUGCCCACUCACUCAAACAUCCAUCCAUCCUUUCACACAUCUAUCCACCUAUUCAACCAUCUAUACCUAUCAGUCGACCAAUCUAUCCUGUCAGCAUUGAUCUUCAGAAUCUUUUGGUUUCGAAGUGUCUACAGACUUCCUGCAUUUGAAUCUUGUUCCUGUCAAACCUCUGUUUUCUUGCCUGCAAAGAGGAGGUGAUGGCACUGUAUCUACCACACCAGAGUUCAUGAGUUCAUGUGCACAGAAUCUGUCCCCAGCACGCUGUGCCUGGCAGACACAGGCCUCAGCACUGAUGCUUAUUAUCCCAGCUUCCUGCAAUAAUGGUUGUAGCUCUGUGAUGUGGGAAAAUCACUUGACCUCUCUGUGCUCCCAUCUUUGUUUAUAUAACCAGGAUGUGACUAAUGCCUAAUCAUUGGACCGUUCUCUCGACGAGAUCCUGUGUGCUAAGUGAUUCACAUCAUGUCUGGUACUUAGCACCAGAAUAAUAUGUUACCAGCCCAUACUAUCUCAUUUACUCCACACAGCUUCUGUUUUUUUUUCCCUAGGCAGAUGAUGUGGGAGUUUUUAUAAAUAGAUACUAUGAAAAAUGAUUCUUUAGUACUCCCAUUACUGCAGUGGGAUUAGGUCACCCAUUGCAAUUUUAGAUUUGCUUAAAAAAAAAUUCUUCCUGUCACCUUUUAAUGGAUGAUCUGUGUACAACAAUUGUUUAUUGACUCUGAAUGUCUAAGUACCAGGGUCAGUCUAUUUCAAGGGGAGGGAAGCAUUAAUUAACUCCCAGUAUUAGAUUCGGUGAUUCUUUUCCAAUGAUGCAGUUCAUGACUUUGCUUGCAUUUACUUUUCAUCAGUCCUAAAAGAAUCGAGGUAAAAUAGUUCCUCUGCACAUGUGUGUCAAGCUAAAUGGAUAACAGCAGAUACAGAUCUGUUUGCCUGUCUGCACUUGCCUUUAGAGCAGAUUCAUCAAUUUUACAAAAGUCACUGACUAAACAUGGCACCCAUACAAAUGAAGUGCUCCUAGCACGCGCCUUGCCCCCAUUGUUUUCAAUCUGCUAAGUGCGGGCAACCUGCAGCUGAGCGAUGGUCAGUGCUGGCCUGGGACAGCUCCGUGCCCCAUGGAUGGAGACCAUGAGGUCAAGGCCAGCCUCCAGGAAAUACAGGACAACAUAGUGUUUCUGGACCCUGCAGGCACGGAGCCGACUCCUGUCUGUUGGCCAAUCACCCGUUGGCCAAUCACCCUUGCAGCUGGUGACUGCCCUCUCGCUGGGUGUUCAGGAUCCAAUAGAGACCACAGAACGCCAUGCUGUUCGUGGUGUCCACACCACAGCUGCCCAGCUCACUCUUCCUGGUUCCCCGGCUCAGAGAGCAUCUGUCCGCUGCAUCCAGACCCUCCCGGAAGAUCUGCCCCUCUUCCUGCCUUGUGUAGCCGGCUGCUCACCCAGAUGCAGCUGCUGAAGUCCCAGGUCUGUCCAAGGCCAGGCUGGCUGGUCUGUCAUGGCAGAGCUGGUGUGAUGUGGGCGCAGAGUGGGAGAGCACACACGCAGGGUGCCAAUUCCGCUCAGGCCAGGUGGGCCCCAGAGAAGGGGGGCUUGCACACACCCUUUUGAGGCUACCACGAGCAGCCGUGUCAGGGCCUCCUGCAGCAGCAAAGCAAUCUGGAAAAAUAACGCAACUGCCAAACUUUUCAGAUGUCCUGGGCCCCAUGCACCCUGAGCAGGGUAAUGGGGGGGGGGGGGCAGCGGAGAAUGGAGUGAGUGGGAGAGGGAGAUGUCCAGCCCUCCAGGAAACAAUCUUGGCAAUUCCACACGGCUGCACAGGCGGUGUGCUUUCACACCUUCCUUGGUCAAACUGCAGCCCACAGACCCCAACUGCAAACCCCAGUUCACCUUUCUAAUCAGGAGUUGGGAGGGGAUGUUUUGGUUUUGCUCUGCACUUUGUAGCAAGAAGGACGAUCACCCACCCACCCCGAGUCCCCCCCACCUGCACCCCCAAAAAGGGACCAAGUCUGCUCCUCCGAGCAGAUAAAGCUACUGCUCAGAACUCACCCAACACAGAAAGCGGGGGCCCCUGCUCACCUUGCCCCCUCCCCAGCCCACCCCCGCCAACCCCACCCCAGUACCGCAGACAAGAGAUUUCCAGUUGAUUACGCCUUGAUUAGAGCCAGGGAAGAAGCGGGCCAGGUACAGAGGAUUCCUGUUGUCCCGCCACUGGGCCUCCCCACCGAGGUCAGGCUCCGAGCUCUCAGCGAGCAUGUGGACAAUCAAGGCCUGUUUACCAUGGCCGUUCAGUUUUCUUUUCUCCAAAUCAAAACAGAGUUUAGUAGGCAGCGGAUUUCAUACAUGCCUCUUGAUCAAUGGAAUGAUCUGUCAGAAGCCAUUAAAGCCCCCAUUAGCUUGAAUGCAUUCAAAGCUAAACUAUUGGAUCAUUUAAGGGCUGCAGUGAUUGUUUUUAAUAUACUGUACAUUGAUUUCUCCCUGUGAGCAGCAAUAUAAGUUUGAGACUAACUGUGUAUGACUAAGGCUUCAUUUGCUGUCUCCAGUCCUCUCUGAGAAGCAUGGUUUCACUUCUACCAGAAAAGCCUGUGUAUCAUUUUUAAAGAGAUGCAGACCCUGUUAGAUUUCCCAAGGUUUACACUGGGUUGGAUGGGACUUUUUCUUUUUUUUCCUUUCCCGAGCUUUCUCCCAUUUCUUUGUGCCCAUUAAGUGAGCCAUGCGUGCAGAAUGGGAGAGGCAUCCCAGUCAAGGACCUCAAGUGAGAGGCACUGGGGGAAAUUUUUCUGAAAGCAUGAAGCCCAGCUGAGGCCAAAAUCGAAGUGAAUUUGACAGCAAAACUCGGUGCCCAGCACAAAGCAAGAGAAAUGUGUCAGGGGGUUCCUGUCAGGGCAUAGCUUGACAAGGUGAAGGUCCACUGGAAUAGCCAGGUGAGGGUGCUGGCUACCACUGCAUGGCCAGGCCCAACUUUAGGUACCAGAAUGCCAGUACUUGGAAGAGUUGCCUCUUGCAGGCCUUGGUCAAACAGAUACUUCUGAAAAACACUGGUUGCUGUUGUCUUAAUGCCAGACCCCACCUUCAAAAUCCUGCUCUUCACCAUCUUUUCCUUUCUCAGUAGCCCCUUGCUCAUUUUAUUUCUUUUUAAAUGUGUUUCAAAUACAAAUAAAAUGUAUUUCUUUUUAAAUCAA